AGUGCAAAGUACCUCUGGGUUGUCGUUCUGUCAGUCAGCUACCUGGAAGCUACCUGGAACAGGAAUCCGGCAUUUUCACAUCCUGUUGUUGCAAUGCCACCAGUGUGAGUCCACUGAGGAAGAGCAGGACAAAACGAGGAAAGUUCCUGAAGCACUUCCUGUGUCUGACCAUUGUCCCUCCAACACGCUGUAGUGUGACUUGGGUCUGUAAUCAAGCGAACGGAAGGGAGGGCAGAAGCCACCAGGCAGACUGUAGACAGUCCAAGCCUAUCUGGGACUCACAAUGCAGACACACCUGGCUUUGAACUCAUGGCACUGCAACCAUCCCGCGCCCUGCUUCCUAGGUGGCGAGAUUACUGCCGUAAGCCUACAUUUGUCUACGCCUCAACCUUUGAAGAUCCUGCCACAUCUGAAUACCUCCGGUCUGGGCUCCAAUCCAUGAGUCUUUGGGGGAACUCAUUUAAACUACAUGCAAACCAAAGCUUAAGGGCAAACUAGAGACCUUACAGCCAAGAACCUUGGUUGGUAGUGAAUGCUUACGCCUCAUCUCGGUACUUGGGAGGCUGAGGCAGGAGGAUCACUGGCUGUAUAGUGAGUUCCAGACAAGCCUAGACUACAAAAUGAGACCCUGUUCAAAACAAAAGCCCAGGGGGAGAAAGGAGGAGAACUGGUUGAUCACUUGUGACUAAGUGAUUUAGAGUUCAUGUUAGCAGUCAUGAGACUGACGGGAAGCACGCGAUUAAACCGAUGUGGUAGCAUCCUUUCCUGUAUCUUCUUGCCUAAAGUGUGUUGGGUGAACAUAACCUGACCAUACGUACACCAGACAAACCAACUGAAGGAAAUUCUAUUAGUAAAUGGUCAAUGUUCUUUUCCUCUGUUUUUCUAUUCUGAGAUAAGGCAAGGCCUUGCUAUAGAGCCCUGGCUGGUGUGAAGUUUGUUGCAUAGACCAGGCAACUUCCAUUUUGUGUGCCCUUCCUGCCUCUGGCUGUGAAGUGCUGAGGUUAGAGACAUGGGGCACCAUUCUCAGCUUUAAUACUUUACAAAACGUAGUCACGUCAAUGUCACGAGUCGAACAGUGGAACUCUUGUACUUUAAAAGGCAUGACAACAGAACUGGGUGAAACUGUGUAUGUGGAAGCAUUUGGAAAGAGCCAGCAGGGGGAUUAGGAGUUUAAGGCAACUCUUGGCUGCACAGGAGGACUUUGUCUCCUCCAAACAAAAGAACAACAAGAAGAACAUUAGAGUAUUGGGCAUGGUGACACACACUUAGGAGGGGGAGACAGAAGAGAGACAGGAGCUAUAAUCCUAGCAUAUUUGUGCUCUUGUGGUAUAACAUAUUAGAUUCUAAUCUAAUUAGAAUUUUGAGCUUCUGUCUCAAAAUAGACAAGUGGUGGCACACACGUAUUUUUAAUUCCAGUAUCCAGGAGGAAGAGGCAGGUAGAUCUUUGGAGUUUCAGACCAGUCAAGAACAUGCAGCGAGACCUUGUUUCAAAGAUAAAGAGUUGAUAAAGUAUUUGCCUUGCAAACAGGAGAACGCAAGUUCAAACCCCAGAACCUGUAUAAAAACGCAUUAGGGAAUAGUGGUGCGUAUAUGUAAUCUCAGAACUGGGAACUCUUUAAGAGUUCACUGGCUAGCCAUCUUGGACUAUUGGGUGUUCAGGUGAGCAAAAAAGCCUGUCUCAAAAAAGGUAGCGCUUGUCCUGUUUUGUUCUGGUUCUGUGGUAAGCUAGUGCUGGUACCUACAUGGUGGCAGAAGAGAACUCACUCCAGUAAGUUCUCUGAUCUUCAUGUGUACACUGUGGCAAAUGAAUGUGUGUGAACAAAGUAAAAAUUAUUACUUUUAAUUUUUUUUUUUUUGAGUCAAGUUCUCCUUAUAGCUUUUGUUGGCCUGGAACUCCCUAUGUAGAUCAGGGUGGCCUCAAACUCAUAGAUGUGCUUGUCUUGGCCUUCCUCAUGCAGGGAUUAUAGGCAUGAGCCAUCACACUCAGCUGUGUGUGUGUGUGUGUGUGUGUGUGUGUGUGUGUGUAUUCCCUGGGCUCCAUAUACACACAUGCACAUGCACUAGCACAUACCUGUGAACACAUGAGUGUUCAGUAAAUUUAAAAAAGACAUAACUGUGUGCAAUGCAUGCGUGCAUGACUUUUCCUGAGAACAACAAAUAUCUAUCUACUCUAAUUAGGGCACCAAUAGUGGGCCAAAUAAACGAUUCCACCCAAAUUGCGUUUGGUAACCAAGUAAUUUAUUGGUGUUAUAGGAAGAUGGGUAAGGACUCACAGAGUGCUGGUGAUCUGGGCAACUGUGUUACAGCACACCCAUUCUAGUGUGGACAAGGACACAUGGCAGUUGCAUUGCUGGCCCCCUGCCCCGUUUGCAGGCAAAGCCAUUAGAGACUUUCUUCUUACCUAGCAGUUGUUUCCUGCCUGUGUACUUUGGAGAUGGCCUCAUGUUGUGAGCUUUGUACAUUUUGUUAAGGUGUUGAGUCUUAAGUACCUUCCACCAGGAGGGGAUGUUUUAACUCAGAAGAAAUAAUUAAACAGCCCAACUGGUUCAAAGCAUGCUUCUAAUGAAUAUAUAUAUGAUUAAAACAAAUAAACUCUCAGGAUUUGUAUGUCAAAAAAAAAAAAGUGAAGGUUUCUCCAGAGAAUAAUCAUCUGCAUAAUCUUUGUAAAUAAGGUGGAUUUUUUUUCUCCUGUUCUUCCUUUGUUCCAAGCUCUUAAAGCCACUAAGCAACAUUGUUCUAUAGCACCAUCAUCAAAUUGGAUCUAUUCUUCUAUGUCAGAGUACUGCCCUUCACCAGCAACAGAUCUCUGACUAUAUUUGUUUCUUUGGUUCUAUCUCACUGUUCAAUAUCCUUGGCUUCUUCCCUCCACCGUGUGAACCACUCCAACCGUGGAUCGGCCUCUAGUACAGCUGUCACCAAUCCCUUCUAGUGAGAGGAAUAAGCUGUUUUGAGCAGCCCAGUUAUUUAUAAUGUUUCACAUAAAUCGAGUGCAUCCCAUAUGAAAUCACGACCUCUUUAAACUGGCUUAGAUCUGUUAUUUCUACAGGACUCCAUCCUAUCUCAUCAUAACCCUGUUCCACAUCAUUAGCAGGCACAUGCUGGGACUACUGGGAAAGCUGAGGGUGAUCUGUAACCCAGGGCCACCUCUGCUCUAAUUCUGGCUGUGCACUUGGUUUGAGAUUAGCCCUUCUUUUGAAACGAGCUGUUUCAUCAGAUUGUCCUCCUGCUUUUUCAACUUUGUUACUGACCUGACCACCUACCAGCAAGUUUCUUUCCACUUUUCCUCUUGCAGGAAACUUGCUUCAAUCUCCACCACAACCUCUCCAGUUGUGCCACCUUUUCAGAGAAGAGAGAGCAGAGUGACCCCUUUUGUUUUCCCAUUUCAGCCAUGUUUUGUUUGUCAGGCUCCUCUAUUUCCAUCUGUAAUUUUUCCAACUGUUCAGCCAGUCUUUCAACCUUUUUUGAAACAAAAUAUAUGAAGAAGAUUUAAAAAAAAAAAAAAAAAAGCCCAGAAAAUCCCCUCUGGGAGCAAAUCAGGGGAUAUCCCAGGGGUAGUAACGGCAAUACAUUUUUUGCUUGCCUCUUGAAAAAACAAUCCAUUUUUUCGCCCCCUGACACUUCCUCUAUGGCAUUUGAAAUCAGAUUCCCCAUGUUUACUCUUAACUUUUGAGCCCCACAGUGAGGAGCCACUAGUAACUAGUCUUUGCUACUUUAUGGGUUCUUCUUUUACCCACCCUUUAUCCGAUAACCCUUACCCUGGUUUCACCUACUAUCGCUAGAUAGUAUAGAAAGGAAGGGGGAGCAGGGAGGGAGAGAAAGAGAUUUUCUUUCCUUUUGUUUCUUCUUUGAUCACAGCUAAUAACAAACUGCAAGCCACCCUGAAGACCAGCAAUCCUCAACCAUGACUCUCGGGGCUCUAGUAUUUUUAUAUACUCUCUGAAAAGUUCCCAGAAUUAUAAAUGUCACACAAUCCCAGAAAUUAUCUGCAGCUGGCAAAAACAUGCUUCUGCUUGUGUAUGAGACAAAUCAUAGCCCACACCUCCAUAGCUGGGAUUCAAACCCAAACAUAUGCAUACAUAUCUGUGUUUUAAAGAAUUUUCACCACAUCCAUAGAUUAUAACAAUGCUUCUGCGUUACAUUUAUUUACUUCAUGUAUGUGACUGGGGGCUUGGAGUUGGUGUCGUGCCACACUUUAGGAAGUCAGAGGACGACUUUGCCCUGUUCUCCCACCUUACGUUAGGUUUAGCUCCUUUCCCAGUUGAACCAAUCUUGUUAGCCUACAUUCCUGCUGCUAUUACUGUUGAGAGAGUACCUGAGUAUAUUCUUUUGUUGGUAAAUUGAAAAGAAACAAUACCAGAUCUCAUUUCUCAUACUCGAGACUGCUGAGCUCGGUACUACAUCUGUUAAGGCCACCUGGCAUUAGCUUGAAGGCUACAAGGCCAGCUUCUUACAGCUCUGCUUCCUGGAAGAAAGCUUCCCGGCCACCUUUAAACAGCCCUAGAAAAAAAGGACUUUUAAAAAUUAAUGGGAGUAGGCUGGAGUGAAGGCUGAGCGAGAUCUUCGCGCUGCUCAUUCAGAAAAGCUAAGUUUAGUUUCAGCACCCACCUAAACUGGCUCACAAGCCCCUUAACUGAAUUUCCGGGGGAUCCAGUGCCUUGAACCUCUAUAGGAACUGCACUCAUGUGCACCCUGAACAGACAAACAUGCAUACAUUUCAUUGUUAAAACACUAAGUUAAAAGAAGACGAAAAGGAAGACAAAGAAAAAUGAUGAGCAGGGAGUGUAGCUCAGUGGUGGAGCCCUGGCUACCAAGAAUGAGGCACUGGCAUAAACUCCCAGAACAAUAUUAUAGGCCGCAGGAAAAGGAAUUGUACUCCUGACACAUCCCUUCACAUGGCAUAGAUUCUAUAGGCGAAAAGAAAUCACUUAGUCUCUUUAUCCAAUGGUAAGAGAGAGUAUUUUUUAGUGGUCUACCAUCCCCACUUCAGCUCGGUCUAUAGAGGUGAAAACUGGACACCACCAGAGUGGUUUGGCUUUUGCUUUAGAAUCCGGGUUCAAGUGGUUCCAAAGCUGUCAGGAGGCUUGACUCUGAAGUACCUCUUCCUGAGAGCAAGAAUCGGUGCUAUGGGCCCUCGGACUCGUUAAAGAAACCCGCGGACACCGUGAAGAGGUAAAGCUGCUGAGCCACUGCCGCCCUACACAAGCACACAAAAUGGCGACCCUGCCUGGUGGAGGCGUUGCACGAUUUUUUUUUUUCUCUUUAAAACCGAACUACAACUCCCAGAACUCUGUGCGCGGAAGGCGUACGUCUGAGCUACUCUCCCCUGUUGGGGGUUGCGGCCCCCAUACCCCUCCCCCCUCCUACAGAAAAAGAUUUUUCAGCAGACGUUGCAGCUUCGGUACGGAGCCACGCCUUUCCCCGCAGUGCCCGACGGGACUCGGGGAUUUUCGAUUUCGCAGUCAAACGUCCCUUGCGCCUAAGAAAACUAUACUUCCCUGUGUGGCUUCAACGCCUGCGCACAACGCACUACGGUUCCCAGAGGGCCCAGCGGCUCUCGUGAUUGCGUGCUGACGCACUAGGUCGUGCUGACGCGCAACGCUACCCAGGCGGGGUGCGAGUGGCGCAGUCGAAGCCCGCUGCGGCCCCUGAGGAAGCGAGGAGGCGGCGGUGGCGGCGGCUGAGGCGGGUGGACCGGCGAGGCGGCGGCUUCAGACUCCUUGGGAUUCGAAAACUUAAGCAGCAACUGCGGCAAGACCUCUGUCUCGCAGGCGGCGGCCGGAGGCAGCGGCGGCGGCGGCGGGUGAGAGAAAGGGAGCGCGCUAGCUGGGUGGGGGAGGGGCGGCGGGCUCCGCUGAAGGCUAAAGCGCGGGGAGAACGGCCCAGGCCGCCGCGCGCACGCGUGCUCGUCGCCUCAGCCGGCGCGGACGCCUUCUCUUUCCUUCCUCCCCUCCCCCGUCGCGGUUCCCGUCGCGCGCGGCCUUCAACUUCUCCGCCCCUCCCCCACAUGACAACGGCGCGCGCCGCCGCCUGUUCUCGUCCGCGCGCCCCCGAUGAGACAGCAUUGCGCGAGGCUGAUUCUCGCCUUUGCUCUACCUGGGGCUGAGGAGGCCAUCAUUCCGCGGUCGCCCUCUUCCGUCUUUCAGGUGGCGGGGAGGGGGCGGCAGCCGGGGCACUUGGCCCUCGCCCGAGCUUCGGACCUGUUGGUAUUUCUACUCGAUCAACCCUGGCCUGGGGCCCUGGCCUCUGCCAGGAGCCUGAGAAACGGCUAGAGCCGCACAGACUGCGGGGCGCCGCGCGACCCCCUCCCCCAUCCUUAAGGCCGACAAUAGACUGGGCGGCCCAGUGGGUGCUGGGAGGCCUUGAACUUUAGGAGGCCCGGGUUUAAACGGAGCGGUGGUGCCCCCUGGGCACAGGGCCAUGUACAACGGGAUCGGGCUGCCGACGCCCCGGGGCAGCGGCACCAACGGCUACGUUCAGCGCAACCUGUCCCUGGUUCGGGGCCGCCGUGGUGAGCGGCCUGACUACAAGGGAGAGGAGGAACUGCGGCGCCUGGAGGCUGCCCUGGUGAAGCGACCUAAUCCUGACAUCCUGGACCACGAGCGCAAGCGGCGCGUGGAGCUGCGAUGCCUCGAGCUGGAGGAGAUGAUGGAAGAGCAGGGGUACGAAGAACAGCAAAUUCAGGAAAAAGUGGCGACCUUUCGACUCAUGUUGCUGGAAAAGGAUGUGAACCCUGGGGGCAAAGAAGAAACCCCAGGGCAGAGGCCAGUGGUAACUGAGACCCAUCAGUUGGCAGAACUGAAUGAGAAGAAGAAUGAACGACUCCGUGCUGCCUUUGGUAUCAGUGAUUCCUAUGUGGAUGGCAGUUCUUUUGAUCCUCAGCGACGUGCUCGAGAAGCUAAGCAAACGGCUCCUGAGCCUCCCAAACCAUACAGUCUUGUUCGAGAGACCAGCAGUUCUCGAUCACCAACUCCAAAGCAAAAGAAGAAGAAAAAGAAGAAAGAUAGAGGACGCAGGUCAGAGAGCAGUUCUCCUCGACGGGAAAGGAAGAAGAGUUCAAAGAAGAAGAAACACAGGUCAGAAUCUGAGUCCAAGAAACGAAAACACAGGUCUCCUACUCCAAAGAGCAAACGUAAAUCAAAAGACAAGAAAAGGAAACGGUCUCGAAGUACAACACCAGCUCCUAAGAGCCGUCGAGCACAUCGGUCAACUUCUGCUGACUCUGCUUCUUCCUCCGAUACAUCUCGUAGUCGGUCUCGAAGUGCUGCUGCUAAAAUUCAUACAACAUCCUUGACUGGGCAAAGUCCUCCCCUUGCUUCAGGGCAUCAAGGGGAGGUAGAUGCACCUAGUGAACCAGGUGCCACCAACAUACAACAGCCUAGUAGCCCAGAUCCCUCUACAAAGCAAUCUAGCAGUCCUUAUGAAGACAAAGAUAAGAAGGAGAAAUCUGCAGUUCGACCUAGCCCCUCUCCGGAAAGGAGCAGCACAGGGCCAGAACUACCUGCCCCCACUCCGCUCCUUGUUGAGCAACAUGGCGACUCCCCACGACCCCUUGCAGCAAUCCCGUCCAGUCAGGAGCCAGUUAACCCCUCAUCUGAGGCUUCCCCAACCCGGGGCUGUUCACCACCUAAGUCUCCUGAGAAACCUCCCCAGUCAUCUUCCUCAGAGAGCUGCCCACCAUCCCCUCAACCUACCAAACUUUCUCGGCAUGCCAGCUCUUCUCCUGAAAGUCUUAAACCCACACCAGCUCCUGGGUCCCGUCGAGAGAUUUCUUCUUCACCCACCUCUAAGAAUCGCUCACAUGGCAGAGCAAAGCGGGAUAAAUCUCAUUCUCAUACCCCUUCUCAUAGAGCAGGGAGGUCUCGUAGUCCUGCCACUAAGAGAGGACGAUCUCGGUCUAGAACCCCCACCAAGAGAGGUCACUCUAGGUCCCGGUCCCCUCAGUGGCGAAGGUCACGAUCUGCACAGAGGUGGGGAAAAUCUAGAAGUCCCCAGAGGCGUGGCCGAUCAAGGUCUCCUCAGAGGCCAGGCUGGUCCAGGAGCAGAAAUACCCAGAGAAGAGGCAGGUCUAGGUCAGCAAGACGAGGCAGAUCACAUUCUAGAUCUCCAGCCACUAGGGGCAGAUCCCGAUCUAGAACGCCAGCUAGAAGGGGUAGGUCUCGGUCUAGAACACCUGCCAGGAGGAGAUCACGAUCCAGAACACCUGCCAGACGCAGGUCUCGGUCUAGAACACCAGCUCGCCGGGGCCGGUCUAGAUCAAGAACACCCACUAGGCGCAGGUCUAGAACACGAUCACCAGUUCGAAGGAGGUCUCGAAGUAGAUCGCAAGCCAGGAGAAGUGGCAGGUCUAGGUCCAGAACACCAGCCAGGAGAAGUGGCAGGUCAAGGUCUAGAACACCAGCCAGGAGAGGGAGGUCACGGUCUAGAACGCCAGCCAGAAGAAGUGGUCGAUCUCGGUCUAGAACACCAGCCAGGAGAGGGAGGUCACGGUCCAGAACGCCAGCUCGACGACGAUCUCGCAGUAGAAGUCUUGUGAGACGUGGAAGAUCUCACUCUAGAACACCACAAAGAAGAGGACGAUCUGGCUCAUCCUCAGAGAGGAAGAACAAAUCUAGAACAUCACAGAGGAGAAGCAGAUCCAACUCAAGCCCAGAAAUGAAAAAAUCUCAUGUUUCCUCAAGACGGAGCAGGUCUCUUUCUUCACCAAGAUCCAAAGCAAAAUCUUUGAGGCGAAGCCUUUCAGGUUCUUCUCCAUGUCCUAAACAAAAGUCACAGACACCAACUAGGCGAAGUCGUUCUGGUUCUUCGCCACCUAAACAGAAGUCGAAAACACCACCAAGACAGAGUCGUUCAAAUUCUCCUCAGCCUAAAGUAAAAUCUGGAACACCACCAAGAUCAGGAUCUGUAACAAACAUGCAGGCUGAAGAAUGCUCUACAACACCACAGAGACAGAGCCAUUCUGAAUCAUCACCUGAUGGUGAGGUGAAAUCAAGGACCCCAUCAAGACAAAGCUGCUCUGGGUCUUCUCCUCGAGUGAAAUCUAGCACACCUCCAAGACAGAGCCCAUCUAGGUCAUCAUCUCCACAACCCAAAGUGAAGGCAGUAAUAUCACCAAGACGAAGAAGCCAUUCUAGCUCCUCUUCUCCAAGUCCUAGUAGAGUGACAUCUAGGACACCUCAGAGAAAAAGCAGAUCAGUAUCUCCUUGCCCCAAGGUAGACUCUAGAUUGUUAAGACAUAGCCGUUCUAGAUCCUCCUCACCAGAUACCAAAAUGGAACUGGGAACGCCACUGAGACACAGUCACUCAGGGUCUACAUCACCGUAUCCGAAAAGUAUGCUCCAGACUCCACCAGAUCAAAAUCUUUCUGGAUCAAAGUCACCCUGUCCCCAAAAGUCUAGGGAUUCACCAACAGGAAGCUCUGGAUCUUUUUCCCUCUGUCCAGGUGUAACCCCUAGUAGUAUAUUACCAGGAGAGAGCAGUUUUAGCUCCUCAUUUGUGCAACAGAAAGGACAAUCUCAAACUUGGCCAGACACUUCAAGUCCAGAAGUUAGGCAGAUGCACUUGGAGUCUCCAUCGCUGCAGAGCAAAUCUCAAACAUCUCCUAAGGGUGGUCUUUCCAGAUCUUCAUCUCCAGUAACUGAGCUGACAGCCAGAUCGCCAGUAAAACAAGAUAAAAGUGAACUAUCAACAGAUCCAAAGUUGAAGUCAGGAAUGUCUCCUGAGCAAAAUAAGACUAAACCUGACUCUAGCCUAUAUCCUUUAGUAGACUCUAAAUCUCUUCUGGUACAGAGCAGAUUGGAGCCUUCUGAAUUAAAAGAGAGACUAGGUUUAAUUGAAGAGGAUGUUGCAUCAUCGUGUGUACUAAGAGACAAAUUUAGUCCUACACAGGAUAGGCCUGAGUCCUCCACAGUGCUGAAGGACACACCUAGAGUACUGUUAAAAGAAAGAAGUGGAGCUGGGUCACCUCCAGGCACAAGAGACCAAAAAAUUUUGUUGCCUAAUUCAAGUCAAGAUGAAUUAAUGGAAGUAGAAAAAUCUGAGCAACCUUUAAGCCAAGUUCUACCCACUUUAUCUCCAGAACAUAAAGAAAUGUCUGCAAGUAACUUUGAGUCAUCUCCUGAAAUAGAAGAAAGCCCUGCUGUAUUGUCUACACUUGAUCAAAGCCAGUCACAGCCUUCAAAAGCAGCAGAAAUCCCUGCAGUAGCUUCAUGUUGGGUUGGGCCACAAGUUUCUCCAGAACAUAAAGAACUAUCUCAUUCUCCCCCCAGGGACAAUAGCUUUGAGUCAUUAGAGUUUAGAAACUCAGGCCCUGUUUUAGAAGUAAAUACUGAUUUUUCUCCUGAGGUUAAAGAAGAAUUGAAUGGACCAUUCCUUAAUCAAACAGAAACAGAUCCAUCUCUGGACAUGAAAGAACAGUCAACAAGGUCCUCCAGGCGCAGCAGUUCUGAGUUAUCCCCAGAAAUAGUGGAAAAGGUAGGAAUAUUUUCAAGUCAGAGUGUAUCUUCACCCCUACUUGAGACUGUACAACAAAGAACACCUUCCAGAGAAAGAAGUAGUUCUGUGUCUUCUCCUGAACUGAAAGAUGGUUUACCCAGAACCCCAUCUAGGAGAAGCCGGUCUGGGUCUUCUCCAAGACUUAGAGAUGGGUCUGGGACUCCUUCUAGGCAUAGCCUAUCUGGAUCCUCUCCUGGGAUCAAAGAAACACCUCAAACCCCAUCCAGGGGACGAAGUGAAUGUGACUCUUCUCCAGAACCUAAAGCAUUGCCUCAGACUCCUAGAGCCCGAAGUCAUUCUCCAUCGUCCCCAGAACGUAAUAACAAGAGUGUCACCCCUCAGAGAGAAAGAAGUGGGUCAGAGUCAUCAGUAGAACAGAAAACUCUGACUAGGACCUCCCCUGGGCAAAGAAGUCGAUCUGGGUCUUCCCAAGAGCUUGAUGGAAAACCCAGUGUGUCCCCACAAGAAAGAAGUGAGUCAGACUCUUCUCCAGAUUCUAAACCCAAGGCUCGAACUCCUCUCAGACAGAGAAGCCACUCCGGAUCAUCUCCAGAGGUUGACAGCAAAUCUCGACACUCUCCUAGGCUCAGUAGGUCUGGCUCAUCUCCUGAAAUGAAAGAAAAGUCAAGAGUGCUACAGAGGGCUCAAAGCGGUACUGAUUCUUCUCCUGAACACAAGAUACCUGCUCCUCGGGCCCUGCCCAGGCGUAGUAGAUCAGGUUCAUCAAGCAAAGAGAGAGGCCCUUCCCCUGAAGGAAGCAGUAGUUCUGAGUCUUCUCCAGAGCAUCCCCCCAAAUCCAGAACUGCUCGAAGAGGCUCCAGGUCCUCAGUGGAGCCAAAGACAAAGUCCCGCACGCCACCUCGACGCCGGAGUUCUCGCUCAUCUCCUGAGCUAACCAGGAAGGCUAGAGUCUCUCGAAGAAGCCGGUCUGCCUCCUCAUCACCAGAAACCCGUUCUAGAACUCCACCAAGACGCAGAAGAAGUCCUUCAGUAUCUUCACCAGAGCCAACUGAAAAGUCAAGGUCUUCAAGGAGGAGGCGCUCAGUUUCUUCUCCCCGUAACAAGACAACUUCAAGGAGAGGCCGGUCUCCUUCACCCAAACCUCGUGGACUCCAAAGAUCCCGAUCCCGCUCACGUAGAGAGAAAACCAGAACAACCCGACGUCGAGAUAGAUCUGGAUCAUCUCAGUCAACAUCACGAAGAAGACAGAGGAGCCGGUCUAGGUCACGGGUUACUCGGAGACGGAGGGGUGGCUCUGGUUACCAUUCAAGAUCACCUACAAGACAGGAAAGUUCCCGAACCUCCUCUAGACGCAGAAGAGGCCGCUCCCGUACACCCCUGACCAGUCGGAAGCGAUCUCGAUCACGCACAUCACCAGCUCCUUGGAAGCGCUCUAGAUCUCGAGCCUCACCAGCUACUCAUCGGCGAUCCAGGUCCAGAACACCCCUGAUCAGCCGACGUCGAUCCAGAUCUCGUACCUCACCCGUGAGUAGGAGACGGUCAAGGUCAGUGAAUAGGCGUAGAUCUCGAUCAAGAGCAUCUCCAGUGAGUCGAAGGCGAUCCAGGUCCAGAACACCACCAGUAACUCGUCGUCGUUCAAGGUCCAGGACACCAACAACUCGCCGUCGCUCUCGUUCUAGAACUCCACCAGUGACUCGCAGAAGAUCCAGAUCCAGGAGUCCACCAGUAACCAGGAGACGAUCUAGAAGCAGAACUUCACCUGUUACAAGAAGAAGAUCAAGAUCCAGGACAUCCCCAGUCACCCGGAGAAGAUCGAGGUCUCGAACAUCUCCAGUCACCCGUAGGCGGUCCCGUUCCCGAACCUCUCCAGUGACAAGACGCCGUUCCAGGUCCCGAACUCCUCCAGCCAUUCGGAGACGCUCUAGGUCUCGGACACCACUGUUGCCACGCAAGCGCUCUCGAAGCCGCUCACCACUUGCUAUCCGCCGCCGUUCUAGGUCUCGUACACCUAGGGCAGCUCGAGGCAAGCGAUCUUUAACAAGAUCUCCUCCAGCCAUCCGUAGGCGGUCUGCAUCUGGAAGUAGUUCUGAUCGCUCACGUUCUGCCACUCCUCCAGCAACAAGGAAUCAUUCUGGAUCUCGGACACCUCCUGUAGCACUUAGUAGCUCUAGAAUGAGCUGUUUUAGUCGUCCUAGCAUGUCACCAACUCCUCUUGACCGAUGUAGAUCACCUGGAAUGCUAGAACCCCUUGGAAGUGCUAGAACACCCAUGUCUGUGCUCCAGCAAACUGGUGGCUCAAUGAUGGACGGUCCAGGUCCUCGGAUUCCUGAUCAUCCAAGAUCAUCUGUUCCAGAAAACCAUGCUCAGUCUAGAAUUGCACUUGCCCUGACAGCCAUCAGUCUUGGCACUGCCCGGCCACCUCCAUCCAUGUCUGCUGCUGGCCUUGCUGCAAGAAUGUCCCAGGUUCCAGCUCCUGUACCUCUCAUGAGCCUCAGAACAGCCCCAGCUGCCAACCUUGCCAGCAGGAUUCCAGCAGCAUCUGCAGCAGCUAUGAACCUUGCUAGUGCCAGGACAUCUGCUAUUCCAGCAUCUGUGAACCUUGCCGAUUCACGAACACCUGCUGCUGCAGCAGCCAUGAACUUGGCCAGCCCUAGAACAGCAGUGGCUCCUUCAGCUGUGAACCUUGCAGAUCCUCGAACCCCUGCAGCUUCAGCUGUGAACCUAGCAGGAGCUAGAACACCAGCUGCAUUAGCAGCUUUGAGUCUCACAGGCUCUGGGACACCUCCAACUGCUGGAAAUUAUCCCUCCAGUUCCAGAACACCCCAGGCUCCAACCCCCGCAAACCUGGUGGGUCCUCGAUCUGCGCAUGGCACAGCUCCUGUGAAUAUUGCUGGCUCUAGAACCCCUGCAGCUUUGGCUCCCACAAAUCUCUCCAGUUCCAGGAUGGCUCCAGCAUUGUCUGGUGCAAAUCUCACCAGUCCCAGGGUGCCCCUUUCUGCUUAUGAGCGUGUCAGUGGCAGAACCUCACCUUUAUUGCUUGAUCGAGCCAGGUCCAGAACACCACCAUCUGCCCCAAGCCAGUCUAGAAUGACCUCUGAGCGUGAGAGGGCUCCUUCCCCUGCUUCAAGAAUGGUCCAGGCUCCUUCCCAAUCUCUUCUCCCUCCUGCACAGGAUCGGCCUCGGUCACCUGUGCCAUCUGCUUUUUCAGACCAAUCUCGUUCAAUUGCCCAGACCACUCCUGUAGCAGGGUCUCAGUCCCUUUCAUCCGGGACUGUAGCAAAGUCCACAUCCUCUGCUAGUGACCACAAUGGCAUGCUUUCUGGCCCUGCCCCUGGGGUAUCCCAUGCUGAAGGUGGGGAGCCACAUGCCUCUACUGGGGCCCAGCAGCCUUCUGCAUUGGCUGUUCUGCAACCAGCCAAGGAACGUCGGAGCUCUUCCUCCUCUUCAUCAUCAUCUAGCUCCUCCUCCUCUUCAUCUUCAUCUUCGUCAUCCUCCUCUUCCUCUGGCUCCAGUUCUAGUGACUCAGAGGGCUCCAGCCUUCCUGCUCAACCUGAGGUGGCACUGAAAAGGGUUCCCAGCCCCACCCCAGUCCCAAAGGAGGCUGUUAGAGAGGGACGCCCUCAGGAACCAACCCCGGCCAAAAGGAAGAGGCGCUCUAGCAGCUCCAGUUCCAGCUCCUCCUCCUCCUCAUCCUCCUCCUCUUCCUCCUCUUCCUCCUCUUCCUCUUCUUCCUCUUCCUCUUCCUCUUCCUCCUCCUCUUCUUCCUCCUCUUCCUCCUCCCCCUCCCCUGCUAAGCCUGGCCCUCAGGCAUUACCCAAACCUGCAAGCCCCAAGAAGCCACCCCCUGGCGAGAGGAGGUCUCGCAGUCCUCGGAAGCCAAUAGACUCCCUUCGGGAUUCCCGAUCCCUCAGUUACUCACCUGUUGAGCGUCGACAGCCCUCACCCCAACCCUCACCAAGGGAUCAACAGAGCAGUGAGCGGGUUUCCUGGAGAGGCCAGCGAGGGGACAGUCAUUCUCCUGGCCACAAGAGGAGGAAGGAGACACCUAGUCCCCGGUCUAACCGUCACCGCUCCUCCAGGUCUCCAUAAUCUGGAUUCCACACCUCAUACUCUGGAGACAUGAGUAUUCCUCAUUUUCCCAGAAGAAUCACGGGAGGAAUCUUGUAUGCCUUCCCUUGAACCUUGGCAGCAUCUUGAGGGGAGAGCUCCCCCCAUCCCCUUUUUUUUGUUCCUGUGAAAUGUUGAUCUCUGUGAGUUUUUCCUGGUUCAUGUGUUUUGGGGGGGUGGAGUGGGAGGGAAUGUUAGUUUAGGGAGGGAAGGGCACAGCUCAGGACAUCUAGGAUUGUGAUGAUCCAGGGAACUAGUCCUCCGAAUUCUAGGGUGACUGAUGGUUUGGGGACUUGGUAAGUCAACACGACUUUGAAGAAGGAGCUGAAGUUGGUUGGCCCUGCUGCACCCCCUUAACAAGGUUGUAAGACCCUCCCCCCCCCAACUUUGUUUCUUAAGGCAUUUUGGUUUUUUAAAAUCUGUACAGCAAAAAGCAACUUUUCUGUCAAAUAAAAAUGAGAAAUGA